AAAUACUGGACCAUCCUCGCCGUCCUUUCUCGCGCAUCUUUUCGCGGUUUGACUCCCAAGCCCAAUUCAACAUUGAGGCACGGCCGUUGACCGUGUCGUUUUCUUUGUUCCAUGCAUACAUUCUCAGUACACCGUUCUUGAUGUUCCAGGGCCUGGCGCCGUUAGUCGCGAACUCGGAACCAGAUCAGGCAGUGCCUUGUUCUGUCCGUCUCUCUUUGCAAGUUCCCCCCCAUGGAACUCAACGUAACGCUGGCCGCGUCCUCGAAAACAAACUCCUCAAACAACACUCUCGAGCUAACGGGCUGGAACCCAUCCGAUACAAACCGUGGCAGCAUCGACAUUCUCUGGUCGUGCUGCAUCAUCAUCAUUUUGUGUUGUUGGGUUUCAACCUUCCCCAACAUCACGUCACUGAACGACAAGUGGUAUCACGCAUUCGUCGACAAGUUCAAUCUCGCCUGCAUUGGUUUUCUUGGCCCAGAUUACCUCUUUGCCAUUGCCCUUGGCCAACUGUCGAGUGCCAUGAGGAGUGUGAGACUAUUCCAGGAUCUGUCUCGCGUCGCCCACGGUAGAAAAUGGACCUUGGUCCAUGGUUUCUUCGCAGACAUGGGGGGCUUCACCCUCGUCAGCCCCGACUAUCCACCGUUCCCAGUCAACGCCGAGCAACUACAUUAUCUCGUCAAGCACGGCCAUGUCGAUUUUCCGAGCAUAACUAAGCCAGAGAUCAAGGCACUGAGUAAGACGGACAGCCUAUCCAAGGUCAUUGUACUUUGGCAGGUCCUCUGGUUUUCGGCAUCGGAACUGCAGCGAGUCAGGCAAGGCUUGCCGAUGACAACAUUCGAGCUGACGGCGCUGUCCUUCUCGCUGACCAUGCUCAUCACCUCGCUCUGUUGGUAUGCCAAACCGACUAGUUCAACUUCCAUCAUGCUACACACCAACGAUGGAAGAAGUGUCCAGUACAUCCGGGCCGCAGCCAGGAGUUCGACGCAUCCCGGCCUCUCCUCGACCUGGUGCCGCAGCCCCUUCGACUUCAUCUCCCCACACCGGCGGUUUCGUGUCGAUGUGCACUGGUCCUAUUACGCACGGCUCACCUACAUGGUGAAAGUACCCUUCUUCUCGCGAGAAAUCAAAACGCGCCUCUGGGACCGGCUACCCUCGGACGCUUGGCUAGUCGUCGACCGUGGCCUACUCGCCCCCGCAUUCCUCGUCAUAGUGGGAUUUAGUGUAUCGCCGCUGAUCGCUUGGAACUGGCAUUUCCCUACCGACGGAGAGAGGCUCGCCUGGCGCGUGUGCAGCAUAUACCACGCCGCCUUCUCCAUUGCGCUGGGCGUGUAUUACAUCUAUGCUGCGCUGCUUGAGGAUAAGAAGGCUGCAAAACUAGCCAACUACCCGCAGUCUCUUCCCUGCACACCCAAGGUUCAGCAACCGGCAGCUAUCGGAAGACCGGCCCUCGAUGAGUCACGCCCGAGCAAGAUCUGCCAUGAUGUCGAAGCCGGCUCGGCACCCCCAGAAAAUGCUGAUGCCAAAACCAAAGGAGUUAUUCCGAGGUUGAUCACCUGGCUGCGGAGUUGGCGGAACAUCUCGCCCGAUCGUGACCCGGACAUGGCGAUCGGGCUUCAUGCGACCUUCCCGGCCCUGAUAGGGACCUUCCUGUACAUAUUCUGUCGGAUAUUCUUCUAUGUGGAGGACUUUGCGUUCGCCUCUCUUUUGUCUCCGCCGCUCGCUCUACCUCGUCUAUCGUGUUGCGACUCUCUUGUUGCCCCUCCUAAUUGUAACCGAAGUGGCGGGUCCCUCCUAGAACAAGGCGAUAUCCGAUACGAGAUUCCGGGGAUUCGUAGUAAGACUUGAGCGACGGGUUUGGCUCGGGAUUAGCCGACUUUUCGUUUAGAGAAGACAUGGUGUCUGGGUGGUUGACGACUUGAAGGGGACGAAGGAGGGAGGGAGGCUGGGCGAUGAUAUGUUUCCCUUUUCCAAGAGUCGGGCUUGGCUCUCGAGUUGGUGGUCUGAAUAACUGGUUCCAACGGGGAAUGCUCACCGGAAACGGUAUUUGCGGUCUUUAUGAGCAAGACGGACGGACGAUCCAACAAG